CUUUAACACGCCAUCUGCAACUGAACAUUGUCCUGGCAUAGAUUUCUCGGACAGACUGAACAAGCGCAAGAAGGCCAUGUACCGCACAUUCGUCAGGAGACCCAACUUGGAUAGCUCGGAAUAUGAGAUCUUGCCAAAGGAGAUGAUCCUUCAGGAGACACCUAUCCAAAAGUUGAGGCGUCUUAUCUACGAGGUCAAGGAACUUGGCCAGGAAACGGAGAUGAAUGGCAAGCAGGGCGAAGAGCUGGUCGCAGGAGAGAUUUCGCACAAAGAUCUGCUGGCUCACGUCAAGUCAUUGGAGCAUGAUCUGACAGAGAUUGGCCAGACAUUGGGAGAAGGGACCGCAACAGGCGUCUUUUCAAACGAAGGAUUGAUCAAGCAGACGGACACAGGCAAACGACUGCUCCAGCAGUUGCAGGCCAUGAAGCACUCCGCAGCUUCGGCAACAGAUGUUGAGAUGGGGGCUUCAGCCUCAAAGGCACAAACUGAAGUUGGUAGCGAUGGCAAGACGGUUACAUACGAACUGUACUACAGCCCGGACAAUGCAAAGCUACACACCGCCACAAAGACAGCGGAGCUCGCAGAACGUCUCGCUAAUCUCGAGAAGGCGGUUGGAUCGACCCCGAUGCAGUCUGGAGCAUCGCUGGUGGGAACUGUCGAGAAGCUGGAGCAGAAUGUCAAUAUCCUUGUUAAGCCACGUCAUUUGGAACAGUUGUCGCGUCGCUUGAAGGGCGUGAUGGGGGAACUGGAGCGCGUCCAGGAACUUCAGGCCAAGGAUGCGGCUGCGACCGGGAUCAGCGCUGAUGCUGAGAACAAGAUCAACGCGUUAUUCGAGUUGGUUGACAAGAUUGAUCCGUUGGUGUCUUUGGCACCGGUCUUGGUGACGAGGCUAAAGGGACUCAAGGGUCUACAUGCCGAAGCCGCCAUCUUUUCGGACUCGAUCAAAAUGAUCUCGGACGAACAGACAAAGAUUACCGAGGAACUGAAAGGACUAGACACAGUUUCUACCAAGCUUCAGGAAAGUCUGGCAGAGAACGAGACCUCUAUUCACAAGAACAUCGAGCUGAUUGAUGGACGAAUUACCCAGCUGGUGGAGCGCAUCCAACGGCUGGGCGCAUGAAGGAAUGCCGUAGAACAUCUGACGUAGUUUUUCAACACACAUAAAAAGAUUUUGAGCGAAGCACGAGCGUGAACCAGAAUGCAUGUAUAAAAUGAGUCGCUCUAUA